UUUGAAAAAUUUAGAAAGAUUCAACUGUAUGUGAUACUAUUUUCAGAGCUUUAAAACCAUGUGAACUGUUUUAUGUUUUGGUGUUUAGCCACAUGCAGUGAACAACCUUUAUCCAGCAAUUUUAUAUCGUUGGAGCCUUGAGAAUUCUGGAUCUAUUCAAAUAUGGCGGUCCUACAAAUCAAUUCAAUACUGAAAAAAUCAUGACUCUUUAAUCUUUGUCUAUAUACAUGAAAACAAUCGAUGGGACAGAAUGAAGUAACUGGUUCUUUCCUUUGGUUCUCAUUCAUGUGAAAAUGAUUAACGUGACACAUGGAUAUUCAUAUAUUAUUUCAUUGAUCCUGCUUAUUUCCAUGUGACCAUGGAAUCAACUCCUCUCACACGGUUUUCCUAAGGAUUUCUUUAUUUCAGCAGAAUGGUGAUUAGGAUAUGAAUCAGCCAGUUGUUUGUCAGCUGCAAUUUUUGCCAAACCAUGGCUGGUAAUUCUAAUGGUGUGUAAUAACCGACAACACAAGUGAUAUUGAAAAGUAUUUCUAUGACAGCCAGAUGCUUUUGAAAAGUAUUUCUUUUCUUGAUGGGAAAAUUCUGUGGUAUUUGGUCCAGUUUUUGAUAGUAUAAAUUAAAUUUGGACUCCAUCUUGGUGUGUAAUAUUAGAAUAGAUAUCAUAAAUUUAGCUGUGGAAGAAAAAUGGGUUCCUUGGGAAGAUUCAAACCUGUUGCAGCAAUGAUUGGCUUGCAGUUUGGGUAUGCAAUCAUGAACAUCAUGAUUAGGGUUUCUUUGACAGGUGGGUUGAGUCCUUAUGUGUUUGUAACCUACAGACAGGCAGUGGCUAGCAUGGUGCUAAUCCCAGUGGCUUAUUUUCUUGAAAGAAAGGAAAGGCCUGCUUUGACAUUUCCUGUAUUCUGCAACAUUUUUCUUCUCUCCCUCAUUGGAAUAACUGUGAACCAGAACUUUUAUUUCAAAGGUCUUUACCUUGCAUCUUCAACUUUGGCUGCUGCAAUGUCGAACUUGAUCCCUGCUGUGACAUUUCUGAUAGCUGUUACUAUUGGGAUGGAGAAGGUAGAUUACAAAAGUGUAAGAGGGCACGCAAAAGUGUUGGGUAUGUUAAUAUGUGUUGGUGGGGCAAUGCUAAUGGCUUUAUAUAGAGGGCCAUUAAUUGGAAAGCUUUGGUCAACAAACUUGAGAAGUUAUCAUUUAGUUGGAAGUGAUGAUGUUGUAGAAGAUUGGCAGAUGGGUUCUCUUUAUCUUCUCGGAGGUUGUCUCUGUUGGUCCACAUGGAAUGUUUUGCAGGCUUCAACUAUUUCCAAAUAUGAUGCACCUUUAUCCCUUACAGCAUUGAUGUGUUCUCUUGGAACAUUACAAUCAGCUUUGGUUGCAUUGGUUAUAGAGCAAAAUUUGGAUGUUUGGACUUUGGAAUGGAAUUUUGAUCUUCUUUGCAUAAUUUACUCGGGGACUGUGUGCUCAGGGAUUGCUUUCUAUAUACAAACAUGGUGUAUCUCCAAAAGAGGGCCUGUGUUUGUGGUGAUGUUCAAUCCACUGUUAACAGUAAUUGUGACAAUCAUGGCAGUCAUUAUUCUGCAUGAAAAGCUCCAUCUAGGAAGUAUCGGUGGUGGAAUUUUGAUUGUAGGAGGUCUAUACGUUGUGCUUUGGGGAAAUGCAAAAGAUGUCGAAUUGCCAUUACAUGUCAGGCAACUAUCAUCUAUGCACUUGCCUGGAUUACCAAUACUAGUACAAGAAUCAACCAUUAUUGAAGACAUCACAGAACCUUUAUUGGAAAAGGAAAGCUCAGAUCUAGAAUCAAACACUUAAACGUUUUGUACCAUUUUUUUUGUUUGUUUGUUUUAAAUCCUCCACAUUCCAUAUCACCAAUUCCUGCUAUGGAGUUUGAAGGGGAUCAAAGAGGAUUUAUACUUGAGCUGGUUCAAUAGCUGAGUAUAUUUAUAAAUUUGAAGAUUAUGUAUUUUAAUGAUAUAAUUAUUAAUUGUGAUUUUAAGGGUUU